AUGCUGUCAUCAUACAUUCUGGAUGUGAAUGAACUCGCCGGCCAACUAAAAGCGUUUGAUAGCGACUAUCCGAUCGUGUGGAACACACGCCGGUCUGCCCUGAAGAAGACCGUUGAAGCGUGGUUUCGACACCUCGGCAGGGAGCUUGACAGCGCCAGUUUUGUCAACUGGGAUUUGGAGCCAUUUUCAUACGACUCUCCCGCCAGCAGCGCCGAAUACCGCCGUGGUAGCGUGUACACCGUCCUAUGA